AAUGAAUUUUUAUUUUCAAAUGAAAUUAUAGUUAUAUAAUCACAAUAAUCGUGUGGUUGCUGUCUUUGUAUGACAUAUUUAACACGAGUGGGAGGAAAGGCACGCCUGAGGACCUUUUCGUGACCUGUGCAGCGACAUUUCGUUCAUUGUCAAGGUUCGUUGUACAGGAAAAAGUUUUUGUGCAAGCAUGCGACUGUCAAUAAAAAAUGAAAGAAUUAUUAUAUGGCAGAUAUAUUGCAUGUUAAAGUGGCGACGCAUUGGACAAAAGUGGCAUAAAUUAAGGGGAAAAUAUCCGGUCAUUGGUCAAUGGUCAACCUCGUAAAGUCACCUUGUUUCCUCAUUUAGAAUGAUUUGGUACGGAAACAAAAACACUUUACGUAAGGUAUAUGUCCUCUAAAUUUAGGUAUAAAUAUGGAACACAAAAUAUAUUUUCAUCAUAAUAUUCAACCACAAUAUAUUGAAUCACAUUGUGUGUUUAGUUUUAACAUUUUUAAUGAGAAAUAUGAACGUGUUCGUUAUUGUCUGCUUUUUGGCGGGAUUCUCUACUUAUGCACAAGCUACGUUCAUGAAAGUAAAGUAUCCCACAAAGUCAGUUUGUUGUUACGACGAUAUGGGAUACCGAGUAGAACUUGGUCAACGAUAUGUCAUUGAUGGUUGCAAUUCAUGUAUAUGUGGAUUUGAUGGCAAGCCAACAAUGUGCACAAGAAAAUUUUGUGGAAGCAAAAUAAUGGAUUCAAUAAAACCAGUUUUUAAACCGAAGAAACCGAUGUAUAUCGUCACUCCAAAGAAACCUGCAAAACCGAUUAUUGUCGAAAAACCUGUGCACCAUGUUCAUGUUGUAAAGUCCGUUGAAAAGGUGCGUCCUGUCAUCUCGGUAAAACCUGUGUAUCAGAUUCAACCAGUGAAGGUCGUAAAAGAGGUCUACGUUGUUAACCAAGUGGAGCCAGUGUACCAGAACGAUCUAGUAAAUCACGUCUAUCCGGUCGAACAUGUUAACCCCGUAUACCCGUCACAUGAAGUGAAUUACGUAUAUCCCACAGAACACGUAAAACCUAUAUAUAAAGCGAAACAUGUAGAAACAGUCCAAAAAGAGGACGAUUGAAGAUUAUGAUGAUCAAAGACUGAAAUGGAAAAUGUUAUAUAAUUUAUUCAUGUUCUUAAAAGGACAUUUAUGUUAAUGAUUAUGCUCAAUUAUUUGGAAACAAUCGACAUUUUGACAAUGUUAUCGUUACAAAUAUAUAUUUUUAUAUAGUUUGUAGUAUUAUAUACUACUUAUAAAACAUCAGAUGUUUUGUAUCAUACUGUAUAUCUCAAAGUGCUAUAUUUACUUUUAUCUUGUCAUACAAUCCAAUGACAAGA